AUGGUCACGGCAAUGACCCAGUACACGACGACGCUAUCCUACGCGGCCAUCGCCGAGGUAGUCAACGACGAUGUCCUCAUCAUGCCCAUGAUCGAGACCAGAGAAGGUGUUGAAAACGUAGAAGCCAUCGCCGCCGUGCCGGGCAUCGAUGCCUUGUUCAUUGGCUGCGCAGAUCUCUGCAUGGAGCUCGCAGUCCCUGGGCAACACGACUCGGAAAUCUUCCACUCUACCGUUGCCAAAAUCGCCAACGCAGCAGAGAAGGCGAGCGUGGAUGGACGCAAGGUGUCCGUGGGACUCGGCGGGCUGGAACCGAGGCCAGACCUCCUGGAGGCACUGGCGAAACGGCAUGAUACUAUUCGGUUCGCAAUGGCAGGCCGCGAUCUAGCUCUUUUACUCGCAGGCAUGUCAACAUAA